CACGCCCCGAGUAAACGUAAACAACCAAGACCGAGACCUAGACAGUGGCGGAGUGGACUAUGAAGAGUGAUCCCAUUUGACCUUAUUUUACCUUCCCCUGCCUCGCCACCCCCGCCUCCCUCACCCCCUCGCCCACUAGCCAGCCCCACAGGUGCACGCGUGUGUGUGUGUGUGUGUGUGUCCACCCGUCCGUGUACACGCUGCCAAACGCACAUGAUGGCCCACCUCACCUUUCAGCAGGAGUACAUGCAGAUGCCGCCGGUCACACGCGCGUACACGACAGCUUGUGUGGCCACGACGAUCCUGGUGCAACUGGAUGUCGUUUCUCCGUUCACUUUGUACUUUAAUCCAACACUGAUUCUUCGGCACUACCAGGUAUGGCGUCUCGUGACAACAUUCCUCUUCUUUGGCACCAUGGGAUUCAACUUUCUGUUCAACAUGAUCUUCACCUACCGAUACUGCAGGAUGCUGGAGGAGGGGUCCUUCAGGGGGCGUACAGCUGACUUUGUGCUGAUGAUGGUGUUUGGGGGCGCGGCCAUGAUGGUGUGUGCCCUGUUCUGCCAGCUGCUGUUCCUGGGCCAAGCGUUUACCAUCAUGCUGGUGUACGUGUGGGCCAGACGGAACCCCUAUGUCCGUAUGAAUUUUUUUGGGCUCCUUAAUUUCCAGGCGCCAUAUCUCCCCUGGGUGCUGCUGGGGUUCAGUGUCCUCCUGGGGAACUCCGUUUUGGUGGACCUGGUGGGGAUUGCUGUAGGACACGUCUACUAUUUCCUCGAGGAUGUGUUUCCCCAAAGAUCUGGGGGCAUUAGGAUGCUCAAGACACCAAAAAUACUGGCCAGACUGUUUGAGGCCCACCCUGAUGACCCUGCCUACAAUCCCCUGCCUGAGGAGCGGCGGGGCUUCCCCUGGGGUGAGGCGCUGCAGGGGGCCUGGCCUCAGGGACGGGAGGGCCAGCAGCAGCAGCAACAGCAGCAGCAGCAACAGCAGUAGUAGAAGUGGCGUGUGUUUGUGUGUUGCAAGAAAAUAAAAAUUAGGCCUCCUCCUCCUUCUCCUCCUCCUCCUCCUCCUCCUCCUCCUCCUCCUCCUCCUCCUCCUCC